AUGGCAGCUCCAAGAGCUCUCGUCCUCGGCCUCCUGCUGGUGGUCACUGUCGCCAACGUCGGGGCCGCGUCCGUGGUGGUCGGCCUGGCCAAGUGCGCCGGCUGCACCAGGAAGGACAUGAAGGCCGAGGAAACGUUCAAGCGUCUCCGGGUGGCGAUCAAGUGCAGGAACGCCCACGGCGAGUACGAGAGCAAGGCGGUGGGCGGCCUGGACCGCACCGGCGCCUUCAGCGUGCCCCUGGCCGCCGACCUCCAAGGCGCCGACUGCGUCGCGCAGCUCCACAGCGCCGCCUCCAAUGCGCCGUGCCCCGGCCAGGAGCCGUCCAAGAUCGUGCCGCUGUCCGAGGGCGCCACCACCUUCGGCGUCGUCGCCGGCGCCAAGACCACCGCCACGCAGUCGGUGGCGUCCCCGGAGUGCGCGUCGGCCUUCUGCCCCUCGACCACGCAAAAGAAGCCCCGCGGCGGCGGCCACCACAAGAAGAAGCACAACCCGCACAAGCCUGAGACCAAGGCCCUGCCGUAA